AUGGAAAAGCAACAACAAUCUUCAUGCUCGCAAGACAGAGAAUCGCUAGAGCCAUUAUCCGAAACAGCCCUGGCAAACCUGAAUGGACCAGAGCUAACCAUCAAGCGCACCGGGGCGCUCAAAGCCGACGUCGCCAUCUUCAACGACCAACAGCAGCAGCUGUUCUUUGCAGAUAUCUGCGCCUACGGCAAGAAGCCCGACAUCACCCUGCAUCAAAACACGAAAGAAGGCCCAGUCGUCGCAGCAGCACACUACCGCUACGGCCGUUCUGUCAAUGUCGGGAUCGGACCCGACGACCUAUCCAUGACAUGGGUAGAGCUCAAGCGACGCAAUGUCCUGGAGACAAGAGGGUUUACGUUCGUCUGGAACGAUACUGUUUAUGCUCUUCGACGAGCAACGUUCGAAGAUCACGGGUCGACUGGUGCUGGGCGAUUGCUUCUCACGCACUUCAAGGUUGUUGAGGAGGCGACGGGAGAGAUGAUUGCACUGUAUGUUAGUAAGCCUGUUGGGAAGACGAAAGGGACGCUGCGGCUGAAGAGUAAAUUAAGUGGGGAGUUGAACGUUUUGUGCAUUGUUGGAGUGAUAGCGUGGCGGGACAAGAUUCGGAGGAGGUGA